AUGUGGUCCUUACUAGCAACUUCCGCAGUCAUCCUCACUUCUGUACUAUCCCAAGAAACCAUUCCUCCUUAUGUUAAACACUGCAAAGGGAGUGAUCCACAUCUUAUCGACUGUUUGAUCUCUGCUCUCCACCACAUCCGGCCGUUCCUUGCCAAAGGUAUCCCAGAAAUACAGAUGCCCACAGUUGAACCUUUCAGAAUGGAUGAUCUAUCCUUGGCACUGACCUCUGGUCCCAACGGCUACAAGAUUACUCUGAAGGAAAUGGAUAUCUACGGCUCCAGUAACUUUACUGUCACCAAACUCAAGCUUGCUCAAAAUGGUGCCCCUUUUGAAGCUAAGAUCAGAAUUCCUAAAAUGAGUAUAAAUGCAAGGUAUACAAGCAGCGGUGUUCUCAUCAUACUUCCUGCUAGUGGCAAUGGAACAUUUAAUGCUCAUUUGGGUGACAUUUUGGCUACAGUGAAAGGACAGAUGAGGGAAAUUAACAAAGAUGAUAAGAAAUAUCUUCAUGUUGAUAAACUGGAUGUUGAUCUGACCAUUAAGGAUGUAAGGAUGGCUGUUAAAAGGAUUUUUAAUAACAAUAGGAUAUUGACUGAAGCAACUAACCUGUUCCUUCGAGAAAAUGGUCAAGAAGUCCUGCGGGUGAUGAUGCCACAACUGAAACAGAAACUUGCAGCAGUCUUUAAACGUGUGGCCAACCAGCUUCUGAGUAAUGUUGCCACUGAAGUCUUUUACACGGAAAACUGA